AUGUCAAACAUUGAUAAAGUUCGCACUCUAACAGUGCCAACUUUCUUUCUUUGCGGGAGGAAUGACCGAUCAAUUCCUUCCCGGCACACAGACCGGCUUUUUGCAGCUUGCAGCGCUCCCAUAAAAGUCCUGCACAGCGCGGAGUAUGGAGGCCAUCUUGACAGUCAUGAAGCGGAUGAUCUUUACUUUGACAAGCUAAAAAAUUUCAUUGAUGCAGCCAAAGCUGAGAGUAAUAGGCAAUUGGAUGCUGAAUCUAGGGAAUCCCUGGGUAUGACCCUAGCAGAAAGGGAUCAGGGAGGAGACAAGAAGUCUGUCGAGGCCCUGAAAACGCACGUGAAUAGGGCUUUUCUGCUAGUGUUGUUGUGCACCACGGUGUACACAACCUUGGCCAUAAGCCGGCAUCCUAGAGGCAAGCGUCAUACCACAGGGGUCUCCUCGCUACCAGCGGGGCUCGCUGAAGCAACGGAGCAGCUAGUGGACUAUCCGCAUAUGGAAGAGCAGUCCUCGGGUGCCUUGAGGAACUGGGAAUUUGUGGACGACGAACUUCCACUACACGGGCAUCUCAAUCGUGCAGAACCGGGAGAACUUGCUGAACUUACCGAGCCUGCAAUGUUAGACAAAUUGCACGCCUGA